AAAAUGUCGAGGCCGGCGCUGUAAUUAUCGGUAUGAUACCGAUGCUACCCUUGUGUCGAUAUCCCCCUCCUCGCCAACUGUGUGCCAUUGGCUCGACAGUCGGCACCAACAUAUUCCUCCGCGUCUCUUACUUUAUCACGCAGACAUGCAAGGGGAGCGCGCAAUCUGAGGUCCAGCCGAGGUACUCCGGAUUUGAGGACCGAGUAGACGCGCACCUUCAGGGGUCAUAAAGGAGAGCCGUUCCGGUGCAAUAUGGAUCGUAUGCCCCGCAUUCCACGUCCGCGCCGAGGCUCGGAUUAGCACCGCAUGGAUGGUCGGCGCACACAUGGAGUACAAAGCCGAUGUUGACGAGCAUGCUUGCCUUUCCGAGCCCGAUUCUCUCAGGGAGAUUUGUCCUUUCGGAUUCGGUCCAGGACCCUUCACCAUGAGGGCGACUCUUGGGUGAAUUGGUGCACUUUUUUUUUACUCGGCGACGCGGGCUCUCCUUUGUGUCCGACCAGGGCUUAACUCGGAGGCGCUUUGCUUCGCCCAGCUGUUCCCGGGGGUCGGCAGUGAUGGCAGCCGGCCGCCCCCAGGCACAGAACCACCCGCCCGAGAACGGCUUUGCCCAACUGGACCUCCCGGCACCCAGGCUGCUGCAGCACGUCGACGGCUCGGUUCUACCGUCUCUCGGGGGGUUCGGGAGGCAUCAAAAGCAGCUUGUAGUUCUGACCUGGAUACCAGCGUUGUUCAUCGGCUUUAGCCAGUUCUCGGAUUAUUUCCUCUUGGCACAACCCAACGGCACGUGUUUGCAGCGUUUGUCGAACGAGAGCAAUGUGACCGUGGAAUUCCCCGCGGUGACCGGUACCGACCUCACGGUCAACAUUACCGGGGAGGGAUACGGUGACGGUAGUGGUGUGCUUUGCGCCUGCAAGGAGAGGAGGCUGGAGCUGCAAACUGGGCUAAGUCAGAAUGUGGUUACCAAGUGGAAUCUGGUGUGUGACUCAGCUUGGAAGGUCCACAUUGCCAAAUUUUCUUUGCUGGUGGGCUCAAUAUUUGGCUACCUUGUGAUGGGUGUCAUGGCUGACUGGUUUGGUCGACAGCCAGUGUUGAUUCUCUCUGUGCUCUUCAUGCUGGUGUUUGGUUUGAGUGUUGCCUUCUCUGUAAACGUCACCAUGUUCAGCACCUUGCGCUUUUUUGAGGGUUUCUGCUUGGCGGGCCUCGCUCUCUCUCUCUACGUGCUAAGGGUUGAGCUUUGUCUGCCUGGCUGGCGUUUCUCCAUGACCAUGGUGGCCAGUUUCCUGAUGGUGGGCGGGCAGCUACUGAUGCCAGGGGUGGCAGCUUUGUGUCGCAACUGGCCAAAUCGGGAUGACUGGCAGGUCCUGCAGAUUGUAAUAAUAAGCCCCUUUGUGUUGAUGCUGCCCUACGUUUGGAUCUUUCCUGAGUCUUUACGCUGGCUGUUGACCACCCAGCACUACAGACGCUCAAAAGCUAUGAUGCUUCGUAUCGCAAGAAAGAACCAAGUUGACAUGACAAGCGAACCAAGCGGCGUUCUUUCAGAGCUGGAGCAAGAACUGCACAAGAAACCCCAGAGAGCCUGCAUUGUGAAGAUGAUGAGCACCAGGAACCUGUGGAAAAACAUUGUAGUGCUCUGUGUAAACUCGUUGACCGGCUAUGGAAUCCACCACUGCUUUGCACGAAGUAUGAUGGACCCUGAGGCCCAGCCGACUGCUUUAUGCCACACAGACUACUACACAAUGGCUGGCAUCGCCGUGGCAACUUGCCUGGCACUGUGUCCCAUGGUGGGACUCAUGGGUAGACGUGGAGGGCUUCUAACCUUCAUGAUCAUCACGGCCCUUGCAUCACUACUGCAGCUAGGCUUGCUCAAUCUGAUUGGGAAAUACAGUCUCCGACAUGACACGGUUUUGAGAGACUCUCUUAACAGAAAAUGUUCUGUGGCCUUCUCCAUCAUUGGCAUGUUCUCUUCUCAUGCUGUCAGCACCCUCAGCAUUUUCUUUUGUGCUGAAAUCACACCGACAGUUAUCAGGGGUGGAGGUCUCGGCCUGGUCCUGGCAAGUGCCGGCUUUGGCAUGCUCACUGCGCCCAUCAUGGAGCUCCACAACCAGAAGGGCUACUUCCUGCAUCAUGUGAUCUUUGCUUGCUGCACGCUACUAUGUAUCAUCUGCCUCCUGUUGCUCCCCGAGCCACGCGGUCAACCUUUGCCCGAAACCUUGGCCGACGGAGAGACGUUUACUCGUCGAACGUUGCUCCACCCCGGCGAGCAGCACCUUCUCCUCGCCAAGAGUGACAGGGACUACUCCCGCGUCCACGACACACCACUUCACCUGUCCGCCACCGGGAGUGCUACUGUUGCAGCAGCGACCGCUCUGGCAGCGGUACCCGCCUCAUACUCCUUGGCCACUGGCGGGGAGGUCAUUGGCAACCACACAAUAGCCAAUGGGGUAUGAACAUAACCACGAUUUGUUGGGCAACCACUAAGAAGACUGGAGCCCUAAAAUAAAUGGGGCUGUGUCCUAACUCGCACACUUCCAUACUUGGUCUUUUGAGUGCAGAAAGUAGUGCACAGUCAGUACCAGAUGUCGCACUUAAAAUACCAUCUUGGCUAAGUAGCGAAGAGGAAAAAAGUUGUACCAAUAAAAUAUUUCUUGUAUCCUUAUUUUAACUGUACGGCAUAUUUUGCAACUGCCAGGUGUCUAAUGACGAUAAAUGAUAAAUGCACAAUUUGGGACAACACUACUUUGUCAAAAUUGGCACCCUCAAUAUCUACAAUGUGGACGGAAGUAUUUGAUUUGAGACACGGCCUGUAUUUUGAUUUGGAAAACGUUCUGCUAAAGGCCUGAUAAUAGGUUGUAAUAGUAAGGCUGAAAUGGAGAUAUUUUUUGAUGAUUUGUGGAAAAAAUGACAAAUGAAGAGUUGCCAAAGUUCCAGUGCAGAAGUCAAGCUGAUUUGAGUUUAUCUGAAGUCUCCUGCGGCCAACUUUUUUUAAGAGUCUUUCAGGUCGAAGCCGUCAAUGAAGGCAAAUAGAACAGUUAUCAGUAGAUUAUGUUUCUUGUAUAGUACAAGUUUGGACACGCCUUCUCAUUCAAUGUGUUGUUUUUAUUUUCAUGACUAUUUACAUUGUAGAUUGUCACUGAAGGCAUCAAAACAAUGAACACAUGUGGAGUAAUGAACUUAACACAAAAAGGUGAAAUAACUGGAAACAAAUUGGCCCUAGUGUGUGGAUGUGAGUGUGAAUGUUGUCUGUCUCUGUGUUGGCCCUGCAAUGAGGUGGCGACUUGUCCAGGGUGUACCCCGCCUUCCGCCCGAUUGUAGCUGAGAUAGGCUCCAGCGCCCCCCCGCGACCUCAAAGGGAAUAAGCGGUAGAAAAUGGAUGGAUGGAUGUUUUAUAUUCUAGUUCCUUCAAAAUAGCCACACUUUGCUCUGAUUACUGCUUUGCACACUCUUGGCAUUCUCUCGGUGAGCUUCAAGAGGUAGUCACCUGAAAUGGUUUUCACUUCACAGGUGUCAGGGUUGAUUAGUGGAAUUUCUUGCUUUAUCAACAGGGUUGGGAUCAUCAGUUGUGUUGUGAUUGAGAAGGUGUGUCCAAACUUUUGGCCUGUACUGUAUGUUCUAAUUAUGAAUGCUGAAGAGCGUCCCAAAAAUGUCUACUUUUCCCAUAAUUGCACAGUUGCGUAGGUAACACAAAUUCCCUUGGAUUUGGAGAAUUCAAAGUACUCUACUUCCACUUAACUUAACCGAUUCAAACCAUUUCAACGUCAAAACCGUUGAAAUGGGGACAUUUAUUUUCCACAUUUCAAUAAUUCCCAGUUUUUUCAGAAUUCCAUAUUAAUCAGGCAAAAAUAUCGCCAUUGGAAUGAGUGGGUAUUUCCUAGGGGUGUAACGGUACACAAAAAUGUCGGUUCGGUACGUACCUCGGUUUAGAGGUCACGGUUCGGUUCAUUUUCGGUACAGUAAGAAAACAACAAAAUAUAAAUUUUUUGGUUAUUUAUUUACCAAAUUUGUAAACAAUGGCAUAACAUGCAUAUACACACAGGGUCCAUUGCCAGGGUUAAUGUGGUCAACAUAUAUAAAAUAAAAACUAAAUAAGAUAAGGCUCAGAAUGGUUUCUUAACAAAACCUUUCUACAUAUAAAGUGCUUUUUUUUGAUUGAUUGAUUGAGACUUUUAUUAGUAGAUUGCACAGUACAGUACAUAUUCCGUACAAUUGACCACUAAAUGGUAACACCCCAACAAGUUUUUCAACUUGUUUAAGUCGGGGUCCACGUUAAUCAACAUUAAACUGCCUCAAGUUGUUGCUCAGAUAAAAUAAAAUGACAAAACUUUUCUUCUACAUAUAAAAAGUGCAACAUUAAACAGUUUCAAGUCAACCUGGCAGUAAGAGGAUAUAUGGGCUCAUUGUUCUUCCACCAUAGAAGUGGGUCAAAAUCUAGUUUUUAAUGCAAUAUGGUCUUAAAUCUGCUGCUAUAAAAUUUUUUAUUGCUUUAGCCCUGCCUGACUCGCCGAGGAGAGGCUGCUUGAAUGGGAUGGUGACGCUUUAAAUGGGUUAGCAUGUUUGACGUGUUGUCAGAAGCAGCUGCUGAACAAUGUCGGCAAACCUCCGUCCUCCAUUGUUGUAUCACACCGCGAGCCGAAAUGUUCCCAAACGGGAGAUCUUAACGAGGCAAGAGGGUCUUCCAGCUCUGGCUUUUAUAUGUUGUCGUAGCCCGGGCGUUGCUAGCGUGCCGUGUGUUGUGCCUCGGUGUGCAUUGUUUACACAACGUGCGGUCCGCUACUUAAUAUGUCCGUGUGGAAACUCGUUCGGUACACCUCCGAACAGAACCGAAACGGUUCGAUACAAAUACACGUACCGUUACACCCCUAGUAUUUCCCCAAAUUCCGUUGCCCUCCUGUCAAACUCAUUGUAGCAUCAAAGCUAACAAUUUUUCACCAGCCCAAACUUCCGAAUUUUCUCGUAAUUCCAGAUUUUCUAUGCAGCAUGUCAGUUCAGCCUCAGCUCUUCAGCAGUCAUACCCGAUUCUUUAUUUUGCACUAAAUGUCAGGGGACACGAUUAGUGUUUGUGUUUUUCAAGCAAUGUGGCAAUGCAGGGAUUGGCCUAACCACUACCACUGUUUUUGCAUGAAUGGGCACAAAGUUUAACAUGUUUUUUUUCCUUGUUAUUUGUGGUCCACAGUGGCACUUUAUCCUCUUGACAGGUCACGAGGAGGUCAGUGAAGACAUUUUCUUUUUUUUUUUAAAGUAAGCAUUACAGCUGUUUGUGAGGGUGUAUGAUGGUUGUGUGCUGUGGGCGAACAACCGGAGACCUUAAUGCACACAAUAUGUGUCGCAUGCUGGGAAUG